GCGCAGUCCCAGCGACGGGCUUUCUCAGGCAGAGCGGCAUCAACAUCGACUCCAAAGGCUUCAUUGUGGUCAACAAGAUGAUGCAAACCAACAUCCCCGGAGUCUUCGCAGCCGGUGACGCUGUCAUGUUCCCGCUGGCCUUGAGGAAUAAUAAGAAGGUGAACGUCCCUCACUGGCAGAUGGCCCAUAUGCAUGGCCGCAUAGCUGCGCUGAACAUGCUGGCCCACGGCACAGAGAUCAGCACGAUCCCGUAUUUGUGGACUGCUAUGUUCGGGAAGAGCAUCCGAUAUGCGGGCCACGGGGAAGGAUUCGAUGAUGUAGUCAUUCAGGGAGAUUUAGAUGAACUGAAGUUUGUGGCAUUUUAUACCAAGAGUGAUGAGGUGGUGGCUGUGGCCAGCAUGAACUACGACCCUAUCGUGUCCAAGGUGGCUGAGGUCCUGGCUGCUGGCAGGACCAUCCGAAAGCGUGAUGUGGAGUAA